AUUAAAAAAUGUGCAAUAACAAGUAAAUGCAAACAAUCGACUGGCAGUACCACCACCAUCACUUUUUCGACUUCCACGAUCGUGUUUUUUCCUCACCGUCACAUGUGGAGUGUUUUACUCGCCCGAUCUGAUAUCUAUAGACUUAACCAUACCGACUUGCUAGUUGUUUUAAAAUCGCGGAAAGUAAAAACGUCUCGCGUGUCGUGGGAAUUUCGCUGAUAUUUCGAACUUUUACUCGCUCGCAAAUUAAAUUUUGCUCGUUAGUAUUGGGUAAUCGUGGCGCUGUGCUGGGUUUCAAUAAGUAAAUAAUUGUGUUGUGUAUCAUUCCUGUGAAGUUCCGUAAUGACCGUCAGUGCAAAGUUUUCUAGUGUUUUUUCCCCGGAUUCAGUGCGCCAUUUGGAUUAAAUCAUCUGAUCAAAAUUCCCUUUGAUUUUCAUGAUAAACCAUUACGAAUUCGGUUUCGUACAUCUGGCACUCGCAAAUGAAGAAUCGCAAAUGUUGAGCACUGAAAAUGCCACUGGAAACCAGGGCAGACGAAGAUACCGAAUUCAUCGCAAAUCUCAUCAAAGAAAUAGUUGAUGAAGCCUUGAAGAGAACUGAAGGAUCAAAGGUAGUGGCUCGGAACCGCAAAAUCAGUGAAGACGAAAAAGAUACGCGAGCAGUUCACAGAACCACCUCCAUUGUUGUUCAGGACUGGGAUAACGAUGACCCCAUUGAGUGUAAGAACAAUUUUGUCAAUGCUGGCAUUUUGCAACGGAGCGCUAGUGAACGAUUGGUGAGAAGUGCGCGACGUGAUGAUCAAAAUGAGGAGAACUCCAUUAAUAACCGGCACACCAUCCAUGCGGAACAUGUCAAAGAGCCGAAGCCCAAAAAGAAGAAAAAGCUGUCGUUUAACUUUCUAUUCCACAUCAACAAGCACAAGUCGAAGGACCACAAAAACGAGGAAGAGACUGAAACGUACGACACAUUCAGCCAGCAACUUCCGAACUUCAAAGCCCAUACUUUGAGCAAGUCGAGAAAAUAUGCGUCCGCUCUGGAACUCAGCUCUCCUCCCACCGUCGUCAAAACCUCAAAACCAUCGCUGUUCAGGAAAUUGGCUACGAUCGGUGACGAUUCUUCGAACUUUCUUCGGCGCUCUUUAAGUUUUCGCGAUGUGAGGAAAAAGGAGAAAACGCCAUCCAGAGAACUGACGGAAACGCGCAAUCAGCAAUGGAGACAGUCGCUCCAGUCUUUAGUGGAAAAUGAUACCAGUGUUAGUUAUAAGGACUUGAGUUUUAUCAACUAUGAUGUAUUAAAUGAGUUUAGUUAUACGAAGCCAGUGGAUUUGAAUGCGGGGAAAAUUAUUGAGACCAAUAAUAAUUAUAUUGGGCGAACGCAAAGUAUGAGGGAGAAGGGAAGUCCCCAUUUGAGAAAACCAUUUUACAACAGACAUGUUUCUUUAACACCGGACUACAGGUCAAGCCUUGGGUCGAUACAAGAUUUGAAAGAUACAACUUAUACGAUAUCUUUGCCAUCACUUCACCAUAAUGGCACUGCAGAUCCCAGGGACUUAUCGAGCGACGUUCCAAGGGAGCAAACUUUUUCCCAUCCUAGUAACACUAAACACAGUGAACCAAAAUCAACUUCGGGGGAUAAUCGACUGGACAAAGACAGUUUUCGGUCAAAUAGUAGCGGCGGUACCAGCAAUGGUACUUAUGUUAAAUUGAGGCGACAUAAUGCGACUAGACAAAAGUUUAGACAUGCUGCUACUUUCACUGAGAGCAGACCUCACGUUGUAGACCUACAGGUCCGAUCCAGAAGUCUGAACCAUUUGGACUCUUUGGAGAUGCGCCAAUCUGUGGUAGCGCCUACAGACGCCGCCCUGAAGGACUCCAGAUCCGAACCAGAUUGUACAAAGCCGCUUCUUCCGCCUCCAGCAAUUCCAUGUGGUGCUGAAUCGCAAGAGCCACCUCCAAGACCGACACAAGCUUAUUCAGCAGCCAGAAAACAUAUGCUAAGCCGAUCACAGAAAUCGAGCAGCGAAUGUUUCAGCGUGAACUUUGAGGUCGGCGACGAGUCCACUUGGGAUAAUGAGUUGUUCUUUCCUGCCCAAAGGGGAAUCACUUUACAUGAGUCGCUGACCAAAUUGUGCGAAUUGAGGAACAUCGAUUUAUCAAUUUGCGACGCAAGACUACAAGAUAAAGAGAACAGUUCCGAGUCCAUCAUUCCUUUCUCGCAAGAUACGGCACAUCUUGUUGGCCGACAUGUUAGGAUUACAGCCAAAGACGCAAGCAAUAAAAAAUACCACGGAUCAUUCCACAGCAAUCAUUCACGAAAGCAAUCAGGUAGUUACCGACCGAGGACCAGUAGUUUUUUCAGCUCAAGUACAGAAGAACAAAACGUUGUCAGUUCAACGCCAUCGUCUCACGAAUCGGAGCAAAGCAAAAAACAAAUCAAGCAACGAAUAACCGCCUUUUUCGGAAACAGUAAAGAUACAAAGUACGAAGCUCUUAUCGAACAACUCGACCGAUAUUCCAAGCAGGGAACUCCGCAGAACUUCGACUAUUCGCAGGGACAAUGCGAGUCCAUUGAUGCGCUUUACAAACUAGAAGACGACUGGAAAGAUAUAAUUACUGAAUUCAGUGAUCUGAAUGAUCGACAACAGCAGCAGCAGACGGCUUUGUGGGAGUUAAUAAAAACGGAAGUUGCCUAUAUUAAAACGCUGAAAGUUGUGACCGAUUUAUUUCUCGGUUGUUUACGGGACUUGCAGUCGAAAAAUCUAUUUAAAGAAAUCGACACGGAAAAGCUGUUCUCCAACAUCACGGAAAUACUGGGAGCAAACGUAAUUUUUUGGAGGAACACUCUAUUUCCGCUGGUUAGAGACAUGAGGAAAUACAAGAGACCUAGUUGUUUGGAAAACAUGCUUGAGGGUUUCUCACGACUAGCGGAAACAUUUACGCCAUAUUACAAAUACUGUGCCGAACAAUCCAGAUGCCAACAUUACUGCCGAGAGAAUCUUGAAAGCGAAGUUUUUACCGCCUAUUUAACUUGGUGCGAAAGCCAGAAGGAUUGUAAUCGAUUAAGGCUGAUGGAUAUUUUGGUACAGCCGAUGCAAAGACUGACAAAGUACGGUCUUCUACUCAAAGCCAUUUUAAAGAACACAGACGAGGAUGUUGAAAGGGAAAGUCUUCAAUCAAUGAUAAGAAUGGUGGACGAGUUCGUAAACAACGUCAAUUCCAGCUUAAAGCGAAGACAGGAUAAAGAAAGAUUAAAGGGAAUCAUCGCCAGGAUAGAAAGCUACGACAUAGUGGAAUCCAAGGACGAUGACAUCGAGCGAAUACUGAAAAGGGAGAAGUCAUUCACGCAGCUUGACCUCACUCGUCCCAUGUUGGGCUGUCCUCCUGAAAGGAAGCGCCAUUUGUUAUUGGAGGGCGACUUGAAGUUAAAGGACAGCGGGGCCUCCAAGAUUGAAGUGCACUGUUUCCUACUAACCGACAUGCUCUUGAUCUGUAAACCUUCCACGAAAAAGGGCGUGGCAACUAUGAGGGUGAUUCGACAACCUUAUCUAGUGGACAGGCUGGUGGUGCAAGAACUGACCCGAGAAACGCCCAGUUUGGCAAUAAUCUACCGCAACGAAUUCGACUUGGCUGUGGCAGCGUUCAUUCUGCAAAAUAACGAUGUGAAAAAAAUCAAGGGAUGGAAAGAUGGCAUUCUGAAAGCCCAGUCUCUGUACGCACAAGCCAAACAAACGAGCUACACUGCCGAAGAAAGUCUGGAUACCGAUUACAGCUUGGACUACAACUUGGAAAGCGAUUACCAUAAUCUCCAAUUAGCUCCUAGAUCUCCAAUGGCUUCCUCAUCCAGAGCUAGUAGAGUUUCCAGUCUGGCUCAUAGUCACAGUGGUUCUGUGGAAAUGAACGAUCAGUCUUCAGUUGGAUCGAUCAAAGAUCAGUCGCGAGGAGUUUCAGUGGAAAACGAUAAUCGAACAGGUUCCAUAUCGAGCGACGAAGGACUUCAACCGCUUCCAGCCGACACGAAAGGCUCAACCAGUCAAAAAAGCAGCUUGAAAAACCGACUUUUCCAUAAAACCCCCAAUACUUUAUCAGUGCAACCAGUUAACAGUCUUGGGCAAAGUUUGCCGAACUUAACGCUCGGCUCGCCCAACAUUGGAAGUGGCCUCAGUCUGAGUUUGCAUCAAAAUACUUUGUCGGUACCGAGCAACAAAAAUGGAAGUCAACUUCUUAGUCCAACGCACAGAGGAAUUUCCUACCCACCACCAAGUCCCACAAGGGGAAAUCUGAGAAGAAGUCUGGCCAUAUCACAGAGUAAAAACCCGCCACUGAUCAAAACCAGACAGGUGAAUUCUACAUCGAGUGUAUGUUCGAGUCAAGUUCCAGCCAGUUUAGAUUUCGACGUGCCAGUUAUUGCAGGAGUUUCUCUUUUGGACGAGAAUUGUGAAUCUUUUAGUAGAGGGCAGCAUCGCCAAGCUAUGAAAAGAACUCAUCGCUAUCAUACAGCCGGACUGGUUGAUGAUAUCAAGAAAAAUGAUUCAAGAGAUGCCAGUAUUCACAAGAGACUGUCUUGGAAUUGCACAACGCCUGAUCAAAAGGAACCCCACGAGGACCAGACCUAGCAUACAAUAAAAAACCCCUUAGUGUCUUUUAUAGUGAUCGUCUAUAUGAUUAUUUGUAUAUUAGCCGAAAUGAAACAUAUUUUAGAAAGACUUUUGGACUUUGUACUGUGCAAACAACCUACGGAUUAGAUGCAAAUGUAAAUAGCUACACCAUGA